AUGGAGGCCUGCAGGGGCCCGGUCCCCUCGAGUCCGCUCGCCUGCCUCCUGCCAGGCCUGGGCCUGCUGCCUCCGCCUCCGGGGCUCUCGGCCGGAUGGGCCAAGUCCGUGAACCAGCUGCACUCGCCAGUCGCGGGCUUGGCUCGACUCAAGGAGCCUGCGCCCUACACCCUCCGCCCGGGCGGCUCCGAGUCCGCCGACUCGAAGUACCUCGCCUGGUCGACGCUCGCGUUCGGUCCGACGCUGCGACGUGAAGAAGACCCUCCGGCCGCCAUCUCGACUCGUCCCGACGACGGUUGGCAAGCCGCCAGUGCCGCCGGCGGCGGGUCUCGAAUCGCCGGCCACGAGGCUUUGACGUCCUCGGGUCGAGCGCAGUCCGCUGCCGGGCGACCGGGUCUGGCCGCCCUCCUGACACAAGUGUACCAGGCCAUCGGCCAGCCCGGCGGUCUUCUGCCCUCUGCCGACGGCGUCGUCACUCCCGCCUGCCUGAGCUCGAGUCCGGUCAGGCGGGCAGUGCUGACCGAAGGGACGAGGCUGCCGGAAACCGUCGCCCCGCUUCCGCCUCAGCGCCAGUGCCCAGGAGACGAUCUAUCUCUGACGAGUCGCGGAGCCGAUUUGCACACGGCCAUCUCUCUCCUGCACUCUGCCCUCUGUCUGGCGGCCCUAUCGACUGCACCACCCGCUUCCGCUUCCUCCUCAGCCUCUUCUUCGUCGCCAACACCGAACUAUUCAUCAGUCCGGUUGCCAACGGAGACUCUGCUCACCUCCACACGGUUGGCGGUUUUGUGCCAAGAGCCGACCGACUGUCUCGAGGUACAGCCCAGCGGAGGCUGGAAGAGGGCUCGCAUCUCGGACGGUGGAACCGCCGCCCUGAUGGCGUCAUCCCACCUAUCCAAGUGGGCAGUGGGGACGCCGGGCCCCAUGAGGCCGUCGGGGAAGAGGCGGUUUCGAGACGAGAGCAUGGACAGUGUCAACCGACGCGAAGCUGGUCUCGACACAACAUUGCCUCCGUUGCUAUCGAGACCGGGUCUGAUGGGCUGUCUGUCACAGGAGGGCUGCAAGGCGAGUGAAGAUGAGGCCGGUGAGACGAAGGAGAGGGACGAGGAGGCCGUGAAUAAGAGCCGGAGGGCCGCUAGGCCGACCUCUGACCGCCAUUUCGAGGCCCCAACGCCUCAGCAUUCGACGACCGAGUCGAUGGUUCGAGCCCUCAAAGACAAGCCCACCUCACCGCCGGCUGCCUCGAUUGCCUCCGCCUCCAUCUCGAGUCACUUCGAGAUCACUCAAGAGGCGAGAGCUCGACUCGCCCGAAUUGAGAACCACAUCGGCGACUAUGUUUGUCGUCUCUGCGACCGACUAUUCGAAGACGCCUUCGCCCUGGCCCAGCAUAGAUGCCCCCGGAUACUGCACACUGAAUAUCGGUGUCCAGACUGCGAGAAGGUCAGUCACUCAAACAGUCUGCUAACUUUGCUAGCGUUGAAGUGA